ACCUGUCACAACAAACAAUGGAAUGCCAUGGAAACGGACAUAACAUUGCGAUAUAUAUACAUCAUAACGCUUCAUCUUUUUCGACCAGUUCAGGAAUCCUUCAGCACCGCCUUGUGGUAAGACAAAGGAUCGCAUCUCCAGUACCAGACCAUCAUGAGGGAGGUAAUCAGCAUACACGUGGGCCAGGCUGGAGUGCAGAUGGGCAAUGCAUGCUGGGAGUUGUACUGUCUGGAGCACGGAAUCCAGCCCGAUGGACAGAUGCCGUCCGACAAGACGAUCGGGGGAGGGGACGACUCCUUCAACACCUUCUUCAGCGAGACAGGGGCGGGGAAACACGUCCCAAGGGCCAUUUUUGUCGAUCUUGAGCCCAGUGUUAUUGAUGAGGUGCGGACCGGAACCUACCGCCAGCUGUUUCACCCCGAGCAGCUGAUCUCUGGCAAGGAGGACGCCGCCAAUAACUAUGCCCGAGGUCACUACACCGUUGGCAAGGAGAUGGUUGACCUGGCUCUGGACCGGAUCCGCCGUCUAGCUGACGCCUGCACCGGUCUGCAGGGGUUCGUCAUCUUCCACAGCUUUGGUGGAGGCACCGGGUCGGGUUUCUCCUCUCUGCUGUUGGAGCGACUCAGCAUCGAUUAUGGGAAAAAGUCGAAGCUGGAGUUCGCCAUUUACCCGGCUCCUCAGAUCUCGACGGCCGUGGUGGAGCCGUACAAUUCCAUUCUGACCACCCACACGUCCCUGGAGCACACGGACGUGGCGUUCAUGGUGGACAAUGAGGCUAUUUACGACAUCUGUCGGCGGAACCUGGACAUCGGGAGACCGACGUACACCAACCUGAACAGGAUCAUCGCCCAGAUUGUCAGCUCCAUCACGGCUUCUCUGCGCUUUGAUGGCGCCCUAAACGUCGACCUGACAGAAUUCCAGACGAACCUGGUGCCGUAUCCUCGGAUCCACUUCCCCAUGGCUACCUACGCGCCGGUGAUUUCGGCAGAGAAGGCCUACCACGAGCAACUAACGGUUGCUGAGAUCACGAACGCCUGUUUUGAGCCAGCCAAUCAGAUGGUAAAAUGCGAUCCACGUCACGGGAAGUACAUGGCGGUUUGCUUGAUGUAUCGAGGAGACGUCGUUCCCAAAGACGUCAACGCCGCCAUCGCCACCAUCAAGACGAAGAAGUCCAUCCAGUUCGUCGACUGGUGUCCUACAGGGUUCAAGGUCGGCAUCAACUACCAGCCGCCCACCGUCGUCCCGGGAGGUGACUUGGCUAAGGUCCAACGCGCCGUCUGCAUGUUGAGCAACACGACCGCCAUCGCCGAGGCGUGGGCGCGUCUCGACCACAAGUUCGACCUGAUGUACGCCAAGCGCGCCUUCGUCCACUGGUACGUCGGUGAGGGUAUGGAGGAGGGGGAGUUUUCGGAGGCUCGCGAGGAUCUGGCUGCUCUGGAGAAGGACUAUGAGGAGGUUGGAACCGAUUCGUUUGAUGGCGACCAGGAGGAAGAGGGAGACGAAUAUUAACAUUAUGGCGGACUCUUUAUUUCUUUAAAUCAUAAUUGACUCUUCAUUCUUAAUUGUCAUUUACAGAAAAAUGCUUUCAUUUACUUUUAAGACUGUUACACCAAUUUUUAAUAACUAUGAUCCACUAAGUGGACUACAUCAUCAAAGCACCUAUUGUUGUCUUGUGAUAUUGUUGACUUAUGUAUAUUAUAAUAAUUUCAUUUGUGCUUUUUCUAGUGUUUAAACAAAAUAUGAAAAUUAUACUAUCAUUUAAUAUUUAGAUGAAACAACUUCUACAGGUACAUGAAAAAUGGCAUUGUAAGAAACAAAAUUAUAAACACAUCUGAUCGUAAUCUGUGACUUGGCCUAUUAUUGGUGACGACGGUAUACAUGUAUCUGAAUAAUAACGUUUUCGUAAUCAUUAUUCUUAAUAUAUUCUUUUGUAAUCAUAAUUCUCUGCGUCCAGAGGAAUACCAAAAUUAUAAUAGCAAUCAAAAUUUCAGUUAAGCCUCGCACUAUUACCUUUUAGGAUUAAUAUUAUCGAUGUUUUUGUAGUUUUAAACUCAUAGUUGUAUUAGUGUAAAUGUCUAUAACAAUAUUUUUAAAAGUGCCUUCGCUUGUUUUAAUAUGUUCCAUAUUAAACGAAUGUUUUUAACACACAUUCGUAAUAUUCGUAGGGUUUUCCACAAAUGUUUUAUAUUGUGUUCGAAUGGGUUUUUUAAUAAAUGUUUUAUAUUACAUUUCUAGGGUUUUCAUACAAAAUUUAUAUUUUAUAUUUAACUAUAGAAAUAACAGUUCACUUAUUUAUAUAUUUACGAAGUAAAUAAUGCAACUUAACACCUUAAAUAUUAAUAGUAGUUACCUGGUAUCCUUUUUGACAGCUAUAUUUAAUGUACAUCUAUUACUUACUUUCUUAACAUUUUCUACAACGUUAAUAAAGCUAUUUUGCUUGUU